AUGUUUGACAAGAAUAUGGAUACAACGCUUUCAUCAUCGUUACACGUUGGUGAUAUAGAUUCCACAAGUUCCGGCGGCACAUCCUCAGACAAUUCGACAGUUAUGCAGGAUAAUAUGCAUUCACCAGUGCAAUAUGGUAGUCUUUAUAUACCAAAUUCAAAUUAUCGCGGCAAUAUCUCCUGCAAAACUGUGUUACACUUCGAUAAGUUCCCCGCCUACGCGAGUGACAAAGACAUCGAACGAAGAUUCUGCGAUAUAAGUAUUGAUUAUGACAAGUCACCACCGCCCACUGCUGCCGGCUCACCGCUUUAUCCCGCGCUAAAUGGUAUUAUAUAUGAAAACGGUGUUGGUGAUCAUAAUGGUAAUACAAAAACAACACUCAACAGUGAAGCAAUCAACAGCAUUAAUCGCCCAGGUGCAGUGGGUUUGAGUGGCGGCGGCCAACUGAUUUCCGGUAUAACAACAACACAUGGCCUAUCGGGCGGAUUUCAGUUGGAUCGCAAAUUUUUGCAAUUUACCACAGAUCAGAUACAAUGCAUGUGUGAAGCACUGCAGCAAAAGGGUGAUAUCGAAAAGUUAACCACCUUUCUGUGCAGCCUACCCGCCAGUGAACUUUUCAAGACGAACGAGAGCGUGUUGCGCGCCCGCGCGCUUGUCGCCUAUCAUCGUGGACAAUUUCAUGAACUCUACAAUCUCUUGGAAACGCAUUGCUUCUCAGUGAAAUUUCAUGUGGACCUGCAGAAUCUCUGGUUUCAAGCGCAUUACAAGGAAGCAGAGAAAGUGCGCGGGCGUCCAUUAGGCGCGGUCGAUAAAUAUCGUCUACGCAAAAAGUAUCCCUUGCCGAAAACCAUUUGGGAUGGCGAAGAAACCGUUUAUUGUUUCAAGGAGAAAAGUCGAAAUGCUUUAAAAGAUUGCUAUAUGACAAAUCGUUAUCCAACGCCGGAUGAGAAGAAAACGUUAUCGGAGAAAACCGGUCUAACGCUGACACAAGUGUCCAAUUGGUUCAAAAAUCGAAGGCAGCGUGAUCGAACACCGCAACAAAGACCUGAUAUCAUGUCUGUCCUGCCUGUUCAACAAUUAGAUGCGAAUGGUUUCCCCCGUAUGUUCAAUGCGCCCAGUUAUUAUCCGGAGUCCAUAUUUAACACUCAAUAGCAUAAGAUCUUACAAUUUUAAGUAUUUUCAUAAGAAAACGCUCACAUUUUAAAAUUAUUAUUGAAAAAACGUUGUAUAUAAUAU